CGCGGUCUGGCUGGCUGGCCGGCCCAGGGAGGGAGGCAGGCAGGGAGGCGCCUCGGCGGCGGGAGGUUCCGCUGGCCCAGCGGCCCCGGGCAGGAGGUGAGAUGGGCACCGGCGCUCGGGGGAGCCGGAGGCGGCGCUGGGCGCGGCGGGGCGCGCUGGUGGGGCAUCCGAUCCGGACGGGCGCUGCGCGUAAUGCCGACUGGAUGGAGGGCUUUUUUCCCCCGGGGUGGGGCGCGGGUGGGCUGAGCGGAGAGAUGCUGCUGCCCCCCAACUUCCCCGGCCCCGAGCUCUCACCCACGUGGAUGCGCGGGGCUGCCCGGCGACGAGGAGGAGGGCGCGCGCCUCCGUCCAGCCCGUGCGCAACGGGGCAGGAGGCGCACGGCAGCCGGCCAGGCUCCGCGGGACGGGCCCGGCUCCCCGUCCCCAGAGGGCUGCCGAAGGUCACGCCGCGCGCCAGGGGUGGCGAGGGGGUGCUGCUUCUCCCACCCACCCCUCGUCUCGCCCCCCGGGACUUGGAGAGGCUGCCCGAGUCGCGCGCCGCGAUGGGGCGGGAGAGGAUUUCUUCCCGCGCCGAAGCCCUUUUGCGAAAGACCCGCCUGAGUCUCCGGGAUUAGGAGGAAAGACCUCCUUGUUUUAAUUCGGAUUUUUCAAUAAUCGCGGCCACUUCGUUCCCGGUUGAUAUCUGCGCUCAAAAAGAAGACGGGGCAUCAUUUCUUCCCCCGCUCAGGUCGCCUUUGCAAGUUGCCAGGUAGCCGAACAGACACCUGUGGACACACUUAGAUAGCAGCCGGCGAUGGGGAGGGGCAGUACCUGGCGCUGGCUUUGUGCUUUGGUUUCUGUGGACUUCGCUUCUAGUUUGCUGGUUCUAGUUUUCCUUCAGUUUUUUUAAUGGGAAAUGAGACUGUAUUGUAUUGCAUGAAGUUAGGAGUGGUCUUUUAUUAUUAUUACUUGAAGGCUCAUAAACAGCGUCCCCCCCCCCAGAUGUUAGAUUGGGAUCAAAGAUAUCUGGCUGUGGGCACAUCAUACAUUUAAAGCACACAACACAUCCAGUUAGUGCUGGGAAUUGUAGAUCUGUGAGGAGGUAAACUACAGUUCCCAUGAUUAGGGGGGCAGGUGUGUGGUGUGUGCAGGGCCUCUGACUGGUUCAAAGUAGAUUGGCAGCAUUUUAUUACUUCCAGUUCUCUAACAGUGAAAUUUACUCUCCAUUCUCUGAUUCUAAGGGUCAGGCUUUUGCACCUGGCUGUGUGUAGUGAAUAUUGGGGUGCUUGUAAAAAGCAAAGUAGAUCCCCACAAACCCAAAGUCUGCUCACCCCUGAUAUAGACAACUGUUAAUAUUUGAUUAUUAUUAUCAUUAUCAUUCUUAUUAAUUACCUGCCCUUAAUCCUGAGGUCACAGGGUGGGUUACAACACCAGAACACAAUAAAUGAUAACCCAGGUUCACUGUGACGGAGCAGCAUUUCUGAGAGACGGCACAGUGGGCAGCAGAGUGGGGCGCCUCCAUUCACUCCAGGGCAGCAUUCCCUAAUGGACAGCCUCCUGGUGGUCACAUGCCAGUGGUGGGCGGGGCCAGAGGGAAACAAGAACCGGCAGGGCACAAAACCCACAGAUUCCUGUGUACAUGUAUCUCCAUUGAGACAGGCAAGUUCAAGGACCCCAGCCAACCAGGUGUGGAGCAGAGCUAGUGCAAGGUAUGUACUGGGAAGAGUCCCGGGGGCCACAUAGGAAGCCCUGGAGGGCCGCACCUGUCCCCAGACCUCAGAUUUCCCCAACCCUGGUGUACAGUACAGUGCUCCCUCUGAAACUCUGCUUGGCUCUCGACUCAUUUAAUUGAACAUUAAGGCCAUAAGCCCAACUAGCUUAGCAUGUUGUUAUGCUCUGUGUAGUUGGGGGCUUUUGGAAGCUAGGGGGUGUUUCCGUAGAAUGGAAUGAGGGAGGCUUGGGAGUUUGUUCGGGGUCUUUCUAGAGUAAGAGUGGCUGGCUGUAGGGUUCGAUCGUGAUGGGUCCCACUUUGAAUUGCGUUGGGAUGGAUACUUCCAUCCUGUUUAUGAAGUUCAGGCUUGGUGGCUGGCUCCUUGGUGCUGGUGGGGCUUGUUCCACUUGUCAGCAGUUGGUGUGUUAUGGAGAAAUAUCCCCCUUCCCCUUUUUCUUUUUUGUUCUGGUAGGCCUAGAAAUCCUUCUGUGGUUAGCAGUAGCCAAAGCUGACUCAGGCAUCUGCCUAGCUAUCUCCUCUGAGUCGGACUGAAAAUCAAUGAGAACUUGAAAUUAGGAGUGUUAAAAUGAGAACUGGUGCGUAAGCAGUAAUCCCUCUUAUAUGCUCAGGGGGAAACACCACUGGAGGGGGAAAGGGCUUCCCCCACUGUCGAUUUGCUUCCAAGUGUGGGAAACAGAAUCUAGCAUUCUGCAGGGCUCCUCUGUGUGUGAACUGUGUCACCUGCAAAAUCGUUGCAGUUUCCCCCUCGAUCUGCCAUGUGGACCCUCAAUAAACCUGUGCAACUCCCAUUGUUGCUAUCAGGGACUGCAUAUUCUGACUCGGUGUAUCUCAGCCAGUGUUAGAAACUGAGCUAUAAAAUCUAGGAGCCAAAUGGCACCUUAAAUCUAGGUUAUGGCUGCCACAAGGAUACGCCCGUUUUGUGUGUGUGCAGGAUUACGAAGCAAAUGGUCUGUGGGGAAGUGCGGCACCCAAAUACACACACGUCUUUGGGUGCUGCGCUGCCACGGGAAUCAGCUGAUUUGCGGGGCAGCGCAGCACCAAAAGAGGCGUAUCUUUUGGUGCUGUGCUGCCCAACAGACCAGCUGAGUGGUGCAGCCACACCAGCCCGCCAGAUGGAGAUGUUAGGGGCCAAACCUGGCGACCAGACACCUCCGCUUCCUCGCAAAAGGCCGGUCACCUGUUGCAAAAUGCGACUGGCGCCCAGCUAAUUUCGAACACUGAUGAGCAGAAACUCUGGGUGGGCAACGAGUCUGAUGAGCGGACAUAACCCUGCACUUUCUUGGAAUUGGUUGUCAUGCAGAGGCUGCAAAGAGAUUCGCUGUAGCAAAGUGGCUCAACAUGGAAGGUCGCGCCAUUAGCUCCAGGCUGCUGCUUCUGAUGUCUAAGAAACUGAUAGAUGGUGGAAUGAUGAACAUCACUCAUUUCAGAUGCCAGGGGUGUUGCAUGAGAGCUCCUUGCAGGACAGUGGUUUCAAGGUGGCAUGUAAAUUAACAUGGUUGUAUUGAACAUUAAUUAUUAUUAUUUUUUAAAAAAGCAUGUACAGUCAUACCUCUUGUUACUUUCGGUUCAGGUUUAGGAUACGUCCCACGGUGACCCGGAAGUAACGGAAUGGGUUACUUCCGGGUUUCACUGCUCGCGCAUGCGCAGACGCUCAAAAUGACGUCACGUGCAGAAGCGGUGAAUCACAACCUUCGCAGACGCAGGUUGUGUUCUGCUCACGUUGCGAACGGGGCUUCAGAACAGCUCCUGUUCGCAACCAGAGGUACCACUGUACAGUAUUAGACACUGCUCACGUUUACACUGUGCAUUUGAAGCACUAUGAUACCACUUCAAUUAAUCAGGACUUCCCCCAAAGAAUUCUGGGACUUGUAGUUUGAAAAUGAGAUCCUUAGAUGGUGUAGCUAAGAUUCCUGCAUUUCAAGGGCUUGGGCUAGAUGGGGUCCCUUCAAACUCCAAACUUCUAUGAUUCAUAAGUUCCCAUUUGCAUUUGCAAAAUGACUAGAGGACCCUUGGAGGCUCUGACCAGGAUCAAACAACAGACUCUGAAUUUUGACUGUAUUUUUACUCUACGCAUUUAAUCUAGAAUUGUAGAAUUGUUGGGCUGGAAGGGACCACAAGGGCCAUUUAUUGCCCAAUGUGGGGCUCGAACCCACAUAAUCCUGAGAUUAAAAGUCCAUUGCUCUACCAAAUGAGCUAUCACUUGGAUAUUUAACUUGUAGCUUGACACUUUUAGUAGGGCAGGUUGUGAAACUUGGGAUGGAGUGAGGUUGCUGCAGUUACUUAGGGGAAGUGAAAAGGGGGAACUUGCAGAUGUGUUUCCUCCACGCUUGCAUGAAAGAGUUGUGAUAUGGGGUGCAGAAACCAGAAAGUCAACGCUGCUUCUGCUGGGCAGGGUACAUAAUAGCCCCCAUAUCUGGGUUGCACAGACAACUUGCUUGCAGAAAAGGAAGAAUGUGUUCCUAUUAUGACAUAUUCUAGAGGCAGCGAUGCUUCUGAAUGCCAGUUGGUUGAAACCACAGAAAGGAAGAGUUGGCCUUGGGACAUCUGAUUGGCCACCAUGAGAACAGAAUGCUGGACCUGAUAAAACAACAGCAACAACACACAAGAUACAUAAUAAUCUGUAGAAUUUGAAAUAUUGUUUUUAUUGUACAGUCAUACCUCAUGUUACGUUUGCUUCAUGUUACGUUCUUUCAGGUUACGUCCCACAGCGACCCGGAAGUACCGGAAAGGGUUACUUCCAGGUUUCGCCGCAUGCACAGAAGCGCAAACUGACGUCACACGCAUGUGCAGAAGCGGUGAAUUGCAACCCGCGCGUGCGCAGAUGCACCGCUGCAGGUUGCACUCUUUUCAUGUUGCGAAACGGGCCUCCGGAACAGAUCCCGUUCGCAACCAGAGGUACCACUGUGCUCUUAUUACAGUAUAUUGGAUUUCAGCCAUGAGCUGCAUUAGAGGUCACUGUCCGACUGAAAUGUGAGAUAAAGAAAGAUAAAUCUGUACCUAUAACUGUCUUCUUUGACGAUCCCUUGUAGCCAAGUAAGAUUGUCUUCUAUAAACACAGUUUUAACAGUGAGUCCGUAAGUGACUGUGGGGGCCAGUUCUGGAUCCACAUGUACUUCCGCAGUGGGGACAUAGGUUUCCGGGCAGGAGUUGAUCACAGUGAGGGUUUGCCAAGUGUGCCUUCCUCUUAGCACGUUUCUCCCUUUCGUCCUGAGCCCACGACACCUUUGGUAAAGGCUGUUCUCCAAUUGGAGCGCUCGCAGGCCAGUGUUUCCCAGUUGUCGGUGUUUAUACUACAGUGUCCAGCUGAAAGGUGAGAUAAAGAAAGAAGUAGUAAAUCUGUACCUAUAACUGUAAAGCAGUUGGUGCCCUUGGGAUAUUAUUGGACUGCAAGUUCCAUCAUCCUUGGCUAUUGGUUGCUCGGGCUUCUGGGAGCUGAAGUCCUACAAAAUUUGGAAGGCAAGCACAUUGGCAGGCCUUGUCCGUAAACAUAAAUGCAGCCAAUGACUACGGAGUGGAAAAUUUGUAUGGCUGUGGAAUUUUUCUGUGGAAAAAUUUCCAUGCAUUGUUGCCUAAAAUUCAUUGGUGACAUAAUAAAUAGCAAAAAUUGAAAAAGUGUUUUGCGAUCCCUUAAGGACAUUCAUUUUACUACUACAAAGUGCUCAGGGGUAGCAUAUUAUGGGUUGAGCUUUCGUGGAGUCAACAGUUCAGUGCAUGAGUUGUUAUCCUGUGUUACACUUGGCUGGUGAGGAAUUGUAAGCUGCGAGAUAAGAGGAGAAUGAAAUGCAGAUUGUACCAUCUGUGAUAGCCACUAACAGUGGCAAUUUUGCAAAGUGUUGGUGGUAGAUAAUUUGCAGAGCACUGGUGUCGAUAGCACAAGCGUCCUUGCAUCGAUAAGCCAAUAAGCACAGAGAGCAUAAUAAAAAUCCAAGCUGUUGAUUCAGCCCACGAGUGAUAGCACCAAACCUCUUGACCAGGGGUAAGCAAACUUUUUGAGCAGAGGGCCGGUCCACUGUCCCUCAGACCUUGUGGGGGGGACACGGACUAUAUUAUGGGGGGGUGAAUGAAUUCCUAUGCCCCCCAAAUAACCCAGGGAUGCAUUUUAAAUAAAAGGGCACAUUCUACUCAUGUAAAAACACGCUGAUUUCCGGACCGUCUGCUGGCCGGAUUUCGAAGGCGAUUGGGCCGGAUCCGGCCCGUGGGCCAUAGUUUGCCUACCCAUGCUCUUGACAAAUCUUAGGUCUGGUUUUAAUCUCCCUUUGAAGUUCAUUGGUUCAAGGAUGACCACUUUAGCUAUACAGCAGCCUAGGAGGUUGAUGUAUUCGGAUUUAUGGAUAUUGCUGGUGUCAGAUUUGUGUACUCUCUUGCAUAUAGAGUCUGGCCUGUUUGUGAUAUGUCAUAUACAGAAAGGAAAUUAAUUUCAGACCGAUAGUGGAAUAUACACAUUAGAAGGUGGGUCUGUGAAUGAAACCCUGAUGCAAUGUUGUUAAAUCCGCAGUAGACAGAAGAAUAGAUUUAGCAUCUGGAUCGGAAUGUUUUAAAGUUGUCUGCGACUUCUUUCAUGUGACUUGAAAGCACGCAAAAGUAUUUAGGCAUGCUAAGAUGCCGUCCAUGUAUAUAUUUGGGUUUCUGUGUCAUAAUAUGUGUACAAAUAUCCCAGUAACUUCCAAGUGAUUGCGUGAAUAAGUUUCAUUAUAAUGUUUUAAAUCACAUUUAAGUACAUUUAUCAACAGCCCCAUCAAUCAUUUCUUCUGGCUAGGGAAAGAACUUUUUCAAGAUUUCAUCCAGCAUGUAAAAUGGGCACGCAGCACUUAUUAAAAGUUUUAAUCCAAAAGUCUGAUUGGUGCAAUGCCUUUAUUGGAAGCAAUUCAAAUGUCACAAUGUAGAGGCAGAUUUUUAAGUUCAAGAGGCCCCCCUUCAUCAGGCUAGAAACAUGUAGAACAUCUUUCUUAUGUAACCACUGUGGUGUAAUGGUUGGUCUAGACAGCUGGGAGACUUGGGUUCAAAUCUCCACUCAGCCUUGAAGCUAACUUGGUGACCUUGAGCGAGUCAUCAUUUCUCAACCAUGGCUACCUUUCAGGGCAGUUGUGAAGAUAAAAUGGGGAGGGGGAAACCGUGUAUGCCUCCUUGGAAGAAUGAUGAGGUAUAAAUGGAAGAAUUAAAACAGAAAAGAAAACAGAAAAGGCAAGGCAAAAUUAAAAAAUUCCUUCCAGUAGCACCUUAGAGACCAACUAAGUUUGUUAUUGGUAUGAGCUUUCUUGUGAAUGCACACGUCUUCAGAUACACUGAAACAGAAGUCGCAAGACCCUUAUAUAUAGUGAGAGGGUGGGGAGGGGUAUUACUCAGAAGGGUGGUGGGAAUGGGUGAUUGGCAACAGGUGGUGCUGUGGUCUAAACCACAGACCCUAGGGCUUGCUGAUCAGAAGGUUGCGGUUUGAAUCCCCGCGACGGGGUGAGCUCCUGUUACUCGGUCCCUGCUCCUGCCCACCUAGCAGUUCGAAAGCAUGUCAAAGUGCAAGUAGAUAAAUAGGUACCGCUCCGGCGGGAAGGUAAACGGCGUUUCCGUGUGCUGCUCUGGUUCGCCAGAAGUGGCUUCGUCAUUCUGGCCACAUGACCCGGAAGCUGUACGCCGGCUCCCUCGGCCAGUAAAGCGAGAUGAGUGCCACAACCCCAGAGUCAUUCGCGACUGGACCUAAGGUCAGGGGUUCCUUUACCUUUACCUUUAAGGUGCUACUGGAAGGAAUUAUUUUAUUUUGUUUUCACUAUGGCAGACCAACACGGCUACCUACCUGUAACUAGAAAAGGCAAGGAGAGAGAAGAAGCUGAGUGUGAGGUAAAAGACAGCAAUCUGUAAUAGUUUUGAAAUGUCAAGCAGAAAGGAUAGGUGCAAAACAGAUUCAGGUUCCAGUUGAUUUAUACGAUGGGGGGGGGGGAAUCCUGGUUCAAAACUUUCCAGAAAGCCUGCACCACCAAAUGCAACAAGGCUCAUUUGCUCACUGGUGUUUGCACAGAGUGGGGAACAGUUUAUGGUCUGUUUGUCUGUUGACAGUGGCCUGCAAACCUCCUCUUUCAGCCCCUCCUCAGGUUCAAUGUUUUUUGCUUGGCCUUUCCUGAGUCAGUCAUCACGUUCCCCCAGUGUCUUCUGAGGCAAGUUAACCAAAGUUCUUGGCCAAGAAAAACCAGAUUGACUGUGCCCACUGAGCAGAUUUACUUUUAGUUAGAAAUUAUAGGCCGAUCUCACUAUUAAAUAAUGAUUAGAAAUUAUUUUAAAAACAGUACUAAAAGACAUAAUUCACCAAGAUCAAGCUGGCUUUCUUUUUUCUUUUUUCCUUUUUUUCUAAUUUUUUAAAAUUAAUUUUCUUUUCCAUCAUUACAAACAUCUCAUAUCAAUAACAUACAUAUCAAGCUGGCUUUCUACCUGGUCGACAGAUGAAAGAUAAUAUAAGGAAUACAGUGGUGCCUCGCAAGACGAAAUUAAUUCGUUCCGCGAAUUUUUUCGUCUAGCGAAUUUUUCGUCUUGCGAAGCACGGUUUCCCAUAGGAAUGCAUUGAAAAUCAAUUAAUGCGUUCCUAUGGUCAAAAAAAGUCCAAACAAAGCCAAAUUUGGUACAACAAGAGUUUAUUAAGUGCUCUUUAAAGUCACACAUACUGUAAAGAGCAUUUCAAAAUUCAAACCCAGAAUUUUUUUUAAAAAACAGCAGAGUUGCCCAAUGGUCACAGAAAAUCAUAAAAAUGCAGAAGAAAAAAAAACAAGCUUCCAGAUUCUUGCAAACCCCUCCCCAACUGUUCCCCCAGCCACCCAGCACACAGAAAUUCAAAUCCAGAAUUUUUUUUAAAAAACAGCAGAGUGGCCCAAUGGUCACAGAAAAUCAUAAAAAUGCAGGGAAAAAAACACAAGCUUCCAGAUUCUUGCAAACCCCUCCCCAACUGUUCCCCCAGCCACCCAGCACACAGAAAUUCAAAUCCAGAAUUUUUUUAAAAAAACAGCAGAGUGGCCCAAUGGUCACAGAAAAUCAUAAAAAUGCAGGGAAAAAACCACAAGCUUCCAGAUUCUUGCAAACCCCUCCCCAACUGUUCCCCCAGCCACCCAGCACACAGAAAUUCAAAUCCAGAAAUUUUUUAAAAAAACAGCAGAGUGGCCCAAUGGUCACAGAAAAUCAUAAAAAUGCAGAGAAAAAAACAAGCUUCCAGAUUCUUGCAAACCCCUCCCCAACACCAAGUCCUUGAAUUCCAAACACCCCAACCCAAAAUCCAACCCACCCCCCCAAAAGUUUUAAAAGUUUAACUUACCAAAUGGCUGCAAAAGAAGUUUUGGAAAAGCUUCAAAAAUCACCAAAGUCUUUAAAAACCUCAAAAAAGGCUACUAUGUACACUGCGUUCUAUGAGUUGCUCCUCGAAGUCAAGUCACAACAGUAUUAACGGUGUUAAGAAAAAGGAAACAAACUUGCAAGACAUUUUCGUCUUGCGAAGCAAGCCCAUAGGGAAAUUCGUCUUGCGAAGCAGCUCAAAAAACGGAAAACCCUUUCGUCUAGCGAGUUUUCCGUCUUGCGAGGCAUUCGUCUUGCGGGGCACCACUGUAUAACAGACGUAAUAGAGUAUCUGGAGGCCAGGAACGAAAAGCAAGCGGCUGUGAUGUUUAUUGAAGCAGAGAAGGCCUUGAUAAUGUUUCUUGGACUUUCAUGAAAAAGACAAUAGAAAUGAUGGAGUUAGGAGAGUCAUUUCUUAGAGGAAUUGGCUCUAUAUAUUCUGAGCAGAAUACUGUGCGCCAGUCACGACACUUCUGGGCCCUGGGGGCUUGGGGAAAAUUCUAGUUAGGCCAUGAGGUUUUCUUGCUGUGAUGGUGGGGAUAGCUCAGUCAGUAGAGCAUGAGACGCAGGGUUGUGGAUUGCAGGGGGUUGGACUUGAGAACCCUGGUGGCCCCUUCCAACUCUACAAUUCUGUGAUACUAUGGUGCAAGUGCUCACUCAAGAUACAAGAAAGAUUUUCUCUCCCUUACCUAACCUGACAGUGGCCUGCAAACCUCCUCUUUCAGCCCCUCCUCAGGUUCAUGGUUUUUGCUUGGCCUCUCCUGAGUCAGUCAUCACAUUCCCCCAGUGUCUUCCGAGGCAAGUGAACCAAAGUUCUUAGCCAAGAAAAACCAGAUUGACUGUGCCCACUGAGCAGACUCUUGAGGGUCCCAUAGACUGCAAGAAGAUCAAACCUCUCCAUUCUGGAGGAAAUCAGCCCUGAGUGCUCACUGGAAGGACAGAUCCUGAAGCUGAGGCUCCAAUACUUUGGCCACCUCAUGAGAAGAGAAGACUCCCUGGAAAAGACCCUGAUGUUGGGAAAGAUUGAGGGCACAAGGAGAAGGGGAUGACAGAGGACGAGAUGGUUGAAUAGUGUUCUCGAAGCUACCAGCAUGAGUUUGAGCAAACUGCGGGAGGCAGUGGAAGACAGGAGUGCCUGGCGUGCUCUGGUCCAGGGGGUCAGGAAGAGGUGGACACGACUAAACGACUCAACAACAACACCUAACGCUUGGCGUCCAAUGAAGUUGAAUGUUGGAAGAUUCAGGAUGGAUAAAAGAAAACACUUCAUUGCUUAGUGCAUGGUUAAACUGUGGAACUCACUUCCACAGGAGGGAGUGAUAACCACCAACUUGGAUGGCUUUCAAAGCAGAUUAGACACAUUCAUGGAGGUGGAGUCUAUCAAUGGCUACUACUAGCCUUGACAGCUGCCUCCAGAGUUGGAAACUGUAAAUGCUACUAACUGCAGGUUGCCUCCGGAGGAGAGUUGCUCCUGCUGUCUGGUUUCCCACAGGGAUUUGGUUGGCCACUGUGAGAACUGGAUGCUGGACUAGACGGGUCAUUGGCCUGAUCCAGAAGGUCUCUUCUGGCUUUCUUGCUCACUCAUCUGCCGCUUCCAGAGGACUGGCUAAGUGCCAUCACAGCACAUUUUGUACUCUUGGGUAUUAAGAGCAACAUAGGCAGCUGCCUUCUUCCAAGUCAGAUCCUUGGUCCAUCUAGCACAGUAUUGUCUACACUGACUGGCAGCAGUUCUUCAGGGUUUCAGAUGGAGAGUCUAUCCCAGAUGCCAGGGGGAAAGUGGAUGGUUCAGAUUUGCAAUGGACAAUUUAUGGAGAAGAACAGACCUUUUAGAGGUUUUAAGCUGUGUUUAAUGCUUGGUCUGGGUGGAGUAGUUGAGUGUGGGUAAGACCUAGUCUGGGGCUCUGCAAAGGAAUGUAGUCAACUCCAGGGCUCCAGUUAAAGUAUAUUUAUUGAAGAAGUAAGGCACACACAGAGAGAAAUAGAAACUGGCAAUUAAAGAAAAAACUGCACUGAACAGGAAACAUAAAGUCCUUGUAAGUGCCCCUGUCUCAGAAGAUCUUACAGGAGGAACUUGGGUCCUGGGAGCACAGUUACUGGUUUGUUUUUAUUUCAUGAUGUGUUUUGUCUUCUCUUUUUGUAUUUAUAUGUUAUGAAUCGCCCUGUGAUCUUCGGAUAUACAAUUAAUAAUAAUAUUAAUAACGAUAAUAAUAAUAGUUGCGUCAGAGGACAAGGGAGAUGCUGCUCUCUUGCAGCAACACGGAGAGCAAAAAACAUUAGAAAGAUUACCUAUGGCAAUUCAAGAAGGGAGGAGUGGCGAGGAGAGAGGUAGCUGGUUAGGAAGAGAAUACCCUACAUGUGUCCUAGUGUAACGUAGCGGUUAGAUUGUCACAGUAAGACCUGAGUUCAAAUCCCCCACUCAGCCACAAAGCUCACUGGGAUGACCUCGGAAGCCAGCCCCUGCCUCUCAGGCGGAUUAAAUGAGGAGGGGCAGAAUCACAUAUGGCACCUUGAGCCCUUUUUUGGGUGGGGGAGGUAAUAAUAAUAAUAAUUUUAUCAUUUGUAUCCAAGCCCUAGGGCUUGCCAAUCAGAAGGUUAGUGGUUUGAAUCCCCACGACGGGGUGAGCUCCUGUUGCUCGGUCCCUGCUCCUGCCCACCUAGCAGUUCGAAAGCACGUCAAAAUGCAAGUAGAUAAAUAGGUACCGCUCUGGCGGGAAGCUAAAUGGCGUUUCCGUGCACUGCUCUGGUUCGCCAGAAGUGGCUUAGACAUGCUGGCCACAUGACCCGGAAGCUGUCUGCGGACAAAUGCCGCAGUCAUUCAUUUAUGAGGAAUAUUAUGAUUUUAAAAUUACAUCUUUUUUAUUUUUUGUGUAUAGUAAUGCUUGUCGAUCUAUGAUAAUAACAAUUAUGAACAUACUCUGAAAACAAGAAUAUGUAUAAUUGUAAGAUGUAAAGUCAUGAUGUAAAGAUACACUUGUGAGUAAUAAAGGAAAAACUAAUAAAAAACAAAAAAUCCACCCCCAACCAAGGGUCGGGUGUGUGUGUGCGCGGAGAGGUCCUACUUGCCUCUGCCCCAUCCUCCCGUUCCAGAACAGCUGUGCUACUUUAAAACGACAUUUGUUUUUCGGCAUUGCUCCUGGGAGUCAGCUGAUGGCGCCCCUCCCUUCCCAGCAGCUGGCAGAGGCACAUGUGCAGACAGGCUUGUAAAGGAGGUCUGUCAGGCAGAGGCGACGCUGGAAAAAGUUGCUGCUCUCCCCUUUUCAUAAGGGCUUCGCAAGGGAGAGGCUCGGUUGCGAAGGACAACGGUCAGUGUCUAUAGAGGACGGCUUCUUGUUCCAGAGGUCUCCUCACCCCCCCCACAACCUGCCACGUUUUCCAGAGACCGAAAAAGGUUACGUCAGCUGCCUCCCCCCCCCUUUUGCCUUGGGGAGCUGCACCAUCGCUGUUUAAAUGGGGCUCUCGCCUCGAAAACGUUGCGUGCCGAACGGACUGGCAGCGAGUGCAGGAAAGGGCAAGCAAAAUGGUCCAGUGGGUGGAGGGACAAUUCCCCCCCUUGGGGGAUGGUUGCAGCAUUUGGGGGCUUUUCUAGAGGAAAGUUGAGUCGGAGGAGUUGGAGUUUAUAAAAUUGUGCGUGGCACGGUAUCAAAAGCUCUUCUCUUCCUCUCUCGUAACGCUUGCGGGCAUCCAUUGAAGCCGAAGGCUCGAAGAUCCAGGGCAGGUUUUAAUAAAAGUCCAUCUUCGUGCCGCGCAUAGCUAAACUGUGGAACUCCCUCCCACAGUUUUGACUGUGUUGACCACCAACUUGGAUGGCUUUAAAAGAAGCUUUGACUUUUAGAAGAUGUCUGAAGGCAGCCCUGUGUAGAGAAGUUUUCAAUGCUUGGCGUUUUGCUGUGCUUAAUGUUUUAACUUGUUGGAAGCCAACCCAGAGUGGUCGGAGCAACCUAGUUAGAUGGGUGGCAUAUUAAUAACAACAAUAAUAUUGAUGUAUUUGUGGGCUGUCAAUGGCUAGAGGCCGUGUGUCUAUAUAUACUCUGCCUUCGUCACUGGGAGUAGCAAUGCAACUGGAUGCGAGUUGCUGGGAAACACAGGAGAAGAGAGCGAUUCUGUGCUCCGAUCCUGUUUGAAGGUUUCCCAGGGGAAAUCUGAAUGUCCACUGUGAGAACACGAUGCUGGCCAAGGCGAGCCAUUGGCCUGAUCCAGCCAGCUCUUCUUAUGCAGAUUUAUAUACUUAAUCAAACUCUAAUCGCUCUCCCAUCCUUUCUCUGGCACCGUUGCAUAAAGAGCCAGCAAUAGUGGUUAGUGAGCUGGAUUUAGGCUGGGUUCAAACUGGCUUCUUGGUCUUGUGCCAACCACUAACUCUCAGCCCAGCCAAACCCACAGGGUUGUUGGUUAGGAUGAGAAAAGUGGGAUGAACUGUGAGCUCAUUCUCAACUCCUUGGGAAAAAUAGAGGGUUUGUUUGUUUGCUUGUUUAAGAAAAACAUGAAAUACUUUGGUUAUCAAGCCAAAAAAUAUCUUCAGAAUGGCAUAUGCAGAAAUGGCGAAAUUUACCGAAAGAAUAAGAAAUAAAGAUAACAAACUUUUUAAAAUAAAAGAAUGGAAAUGGUUUGUUGAAUAUUUACAGUUAAAUUGUAAACAGAUAAGCUCAUUGGCAGGAUUAUUGUAAUAAUAACCUGCAGUUUUAUAAGAGUAUGUAUUUAAAGUAGAUGAGUAAAUGAACAAAUUAAGUUAAUUUGCAUAUGCAGAGGAUAUUAAAAAUAAAUUUAAGAAACCGCAGAAAGAGGGGGAAGGAAGUCAAGUUUUGAAAUGUUAAAAUGUUUGUAAAAUUAGUGAAAGGUAUAAACUUGGAAAGUAUAAAUAAAAUUUGAAAAACAAACAAACAAAGACUUCAGGGAUACAGUUUCACACCAGCCCUUGUACGUUAGGAACCCGGAACACUGCUUUAUUCACAGGGUGACCCUUGAUCCAUUUAUCCCAAUAUUAUCUGUUCCGCAGCUAAUCUCCCGGGCAGAGAAGUCUUUCCUGGUUCCUCAUCCUUUCCGGAGAUGCCAGCGAUUGAACCUGGGACCACCUGCAUGCAGAACAUAAAGCAUUACAGCGGAUGCUCCUGAUGAAUAGAAGAAGCUGCCACAUACCAGGUCAGAUGAUGUGUCCAUUUACUUCAGUAUUGCCUAUUCUGACUGGCAGUGGCUCUCUAGCCUAUCAGGCUGCAGCUUGAGGUUCUCUUAACUGGAAGUGGAAGUCCUUACCUUCUGUAAGCUGGUCACGUGCUAAACCACUGGCCUGUGGUCCCUCCCCAUUGCAGGGGUAUCUGGGACAUGUUCUAGGCUGGGCACUCAAUACGGCCUCUGGUCUCAUUUCACGUGACUCCUGAAUCUGCCCUAUUCUUCUGAGUUCCUUCCUUCCUGUUCAUUUUCUGCAGUUUUUAAAGUGUGUCUUCCCCUCUUUCUGUUGUAGUUCCAGGACAAUUAUUGGACGGAUGGACCAUAAUUUAUCUGAUAAAAAUAAAUGGGUGGUUUCUUUUAAAACCUUUCCCUGGUUGUAUAGCUUAUAAUUGCAUGGUUGACAAUAAUAAUAAUAAAAAAUUCCCCUCCCACGAGCUAUCUGAGAACAAAUUGGUAGACUUCUGCCAGCUAUGUAUAUAUGUUUGUGUAUGUAGCACACCAAAGCCAGAAAGGCGUUACUUUCACUUGCUUCUCAGACCUCUAGCUGUAUUGGUCUGCUUUACUAAAAUAAAACCCAGUGCACUUAUUUGAAAGUAGCCUUGAAAGUUAAACUCAGUGGGGCUUACUUCUGAGUAGACCGGUAUAGCAUUGGGCAUUCUAUUCUGAACUAGCCAUGGUGGAAAUUAUAACAGAGAGGUCUUUAGUAGCCCAGGACUCUUGUUUCUCUUGCUCCAUCCAUUGCUGGCCUUUGGCCUCUGAGUGCUUACCCUGAGGGAAUGUGGCUUUUGACAGAAUUAAAAGUUUCCAUCCCCUGAUGGAAAGUGCUACCAAACCCCUGGGGCCUCCGUCUUGUCUUGCGCAAGGCGAGAAUUCCUCUUAAAACAGACAUUAAAAAACCCAGACAUAUGCAGUUGUGGCUACGUGUUUGAAGGGAAAUCAGUAGUAAUGGCAAGUUGCUUGUCCGUCACACCUGAUUGUCUGCUGGAACAGGGAUGACUAACCUGUGGCCUUCCAGAUGUUGCCGAACCCCAGCUCCCAUCGUCCCUGACCAUUGGUCAUGCUUUGCUGGGGUUGAUGGGAGUUGGAAUCCAGCAUCAUCUUAGGAAGAACCAUAGUAUUGCAGGAAGGGACCACCAGGGUCAUCUAGUCCAACCCGCUGCAAUGCAGGAGUCUUUCCCCAUCAUAGGGCUUGAACCUAUAACCCUGAGAUUAAGAGUCACCGUAGGGGGCACACACUCCCUGCCCUUUGCCUUUGGGCCAAUCAGCAUCUAAAGCAGCGGUUCUCAACCUGUGAGUCCCCAGGUGUUGUUGGACUACAACUCCCAUCAUCCCUGAGCUCUGGCCUUGCUAGCUAGGGGUGAUGGGAGUUAUAGUCCAACAACAUCUGGGGACCCACAGGUUGAGAACCGCUGCUUUAGAUGCUGAUUGGCCCAAAGGCAAAGGGCAGGGUGCUGAAAAGCACAGUGAACGCUCCUGGCUGAUGUCAAUCGGCAGGGAGUUCCAAAGUGUGAGGGCUGCCACACUAAAAGGUGAUUUUCUUACAAAUGCGAAAGAGGUCUUUUUUGGAGCUGUCAAGUGGGCAAAUAUGGGUAAGGGAAUCUUCCAUAUACAGUGGUACCUCGGGUUAAGAACUUUGCUUCAGGAUGAGAACAGAAAUCAGCAGCAGCAGGAGGCCCCAUUAGCUAAAGUGGUACCUCAGGUUAAGAACAGUUUCAGGUUAAGAAUGGACCUCCAGAGUGAAUUAAGUACGUAACCAGAGGUACCACUGUAUUGUAUGAAUUAUACUCUUUAGCUUCCUUUUUAGUGUGUGUGUGUGUGUGUGUGUGUACACACACACACACACAAGAUUUCCUUGGUUUACAAAAGUACAUGCCUUGUCUCUUUUUUCAGGUUGUACAGUUUUCUUACAAUUUAGUUGCAAUUGUUGUGAGACAUUAGUGUUGAAUACAGUAUAAGGCGGGGGAAGAAGAGGGGGGAUCUCUCUUCAGCUUCCUUGAAUCACCCUCCCAUAUUUCCAAUUUGGGUGCUUCAUUUUGAAUGGCCCCUCCCCACUGCAGCUGCUCGCCUUUUCCGUUCUGUCUUUCUGACCAUCUUGUGUGGAGAAGGAGACUAACCUUGUAUUUGACCUCCUUACAGGUUCCCCACUGUCCUCAAACCGCCAUGCUGGCUCUCAGAUAUUUCCAGCAGAGCUGGAGGUGAGCGCGGCAUGAGGUAGCCACUGCCGACGCCUCCGGCCAGGAUGACCAAAGCACGCCUCUUCCGCCUCUCGGUGGUGCUGGGCUCCAUCUUCAUGAUCCUGCUGAUCAUCGUCUACUGGGACAACGUGGGGACGGCCCACUUCUAUUUGCACACGACCUUCUCCAGGCCUCACGGGGUCCUCCCCACCGUGGCCAAGGACGGAGGCCAAGACUCGAUGUCGGACGUCGACGAGUUCUUGGAGAAGCUCCUGAGCUCUGACCUGAAACGCGAUGUGGGUCUCGGUCAGAAGACAGAGCCGCCUGCCCCACACGCCUCCGCAAGGCCCGUCGCCGGCAACUUGGAGGAGAACGUGAGGGGCUACGACUGGUCCACUCGUGACGCUGGCGCGAUCUUGGACCAGGAGCAGCUGCAGGCGGAGCGGCGCCGGACGCUGAGGGAGCUGUGCGCCAACUCCAGCUUUGCCUUCCCCACCAAGGAGCGCUCCUUUGACGACAUCCCCAACUACGAGCUGAACCACCUCAUCGUGGACGACCGCCACGGCGUCAUCUACUGCUACGUCCCCAAAGUGGCCUGCACCAACUGGAAGCGGGUGAUGAUCGUGCUGAGUGAGAGCUUGAUGGACCAGGGCGUGCCGUACGCAGACCCCUUGGACAUCCCCCGCGAGCACGUCCACAACACCAGCACCCACUUCACCUUCAACAAGUUCUGGCGCCGCUACGGCAAGUUCUCUCGCCACCUCAUGAAGAUCAAGCUGAAGAAGUACACCAAGUUCCUCUUCGUCCGAGACCCUUUCGUGAGGCUCAUCUCGGCCUUCCGCAGCAAGUUCGAGCUGGAGAACGAGGAGUUCUACCGCCGGUUUGCCAUCCCGAUGCUGAAACUUUACUCCAACCACACCAGCCUGCCGACCUCGGUGAGCGACGCCUUUGAGGCGGGCCUCAGGGUCUCCUUCUCGGACUUCAUCCAGUACCUCCUGGACCCCCGGACCGAGAAGCUGGCCCCGUUCAACGAGCAUUGGAGGCAGGUGUACCGCCUCUGCCACCCGUGCCAGAUCGAGUACGACUUUGUGGGCAAGCUGGAGACUUUGGAUGAGGAUGCAGCCCACCUGCUGCAGCUCCUGAAGGUGGAACACCUUCUUCGCUUCCCUCCCAGCUACCGGAACAGGACAGCCAGCAGCUGGGAGGACGACUGGUUUGCCAAAAUCCCCGUGGCCUGGAGGCGGCAGCUGUACAAGCUGUACGAAGCGGACUUCGUCCUUUUCGGUUACCCCAAGCCAGAAAGCUUGCUUCAGAACUGAGCGAGGCAGAACGGAGGGAAAGAGAGCAUUUGAAAUACCAAAAUAUCUCCUCUUCUUUGAGAGCCAGUGUGGUGUAGUGGUUAAGAGCGGUAGUCUCAUAAUCUGGGGAACCGGGUUCGCGUCUCCGCUCCUCCACAUGCAGCUGCUGGGUGACCUUGGGGUAGUCACACUUCUUUGAAGUCUCUCAGCCCCACUCACCUCACAGUGUUUGUUGUGGGGGAGGAAGGGAAAGGAGAAUGUUAGCCGCUUUGAGACUCCUUAAAGGGAGUGAAAGGCGGGAUAUCAAAUCCAAACUCUUCUUCUUCUUCUUUUUCCAGAGCCCUUCCGUUGACAUAACACAAGUGCAACUUUUUUCUAUACUCUUUUUUUAAAAACAAAAACAAACCACCCCAUUGCUCGGACGCAUGGAAUCUCCUAUUGCAGGCAGACUUUCCCCUUCCUCUCGUUCCGAUUCAUUUUAUGAAAUGUUUUUCUGUUAGGCUAUAAGUUUGUCCACUCCACCAGCUGUAUUCUUUCAGGUGCUUUUUAUUAAUGCAUUUUUUUAAUUAAAAGAGAGCACGAGAAAGAGAGAAUAUUAAUAUAUUAAAAUAUUUAAUACAAAUCAUUGUUGUGGAGUAGGGGAAUAAAGGGGCGAACCGUCUUUCAUUGCAACUGU